CGCGCGUGAAAACGUGUCUUGGAGAGAUCGGAGUAAUUCCCAUCACUCUCCGCCGGCCAGUCAGACCGCAAACACAUCACAGGGGUAACUGAAUUUUGCACAGCAAUGGAAGGCUCUAAAAAAGGACUUUGAAGAAAGAAAAAAACACCUGAGGACCAUCGCAACAGGGAAGAGUGACUGACUUCCCCAUGGAGGAGUGCGCAGAGACGGUGCUUUCCUUCUCCUUCACUUGUUACCAAGAUACAAGUUGGAUGGAUGGUGACAAACGGUGGAUUUAGCGGGAACAAGUUUUUUUUCAUGUUGAUUUUGGAUUAAUUAAUUUUUCCAGUUGAUCCAAGACGGUGCUGCGGAAUCUGGACUGCCUGCACAGAGCCAAGCGCACGCUCCCGAAAUAUAUACGAAAAAAGUAAAUAAACUCUGUUUUUAAGACGUCAACCCAGGGAAUGCGCUGCCAGAGAUACUUUAGGUUGGUGUCCAAUAUAUCUCUUGAAUGUUUUUGAAAGCUGAGCGGUCGUUGUGCUGUGCACGCGAACUAAACCAAAAGAGAAAUAAAUGACCUCGCAUCUGGAUUAGAGCGACGUGUCAGUUUAAAAAGAGCUGAGAUGAUUUCCUGCAAAUGAUUUAUACUUUAAUGUAUAUCUCCGUGAUAUCAAAUUGGAUUGUUAAGACUUUUGAACGCCUAAUUCUAUCACCACUUACAAUUCCAUUUACUCACAGGGAGCUGCAUUCAAAGAUAUAAAUAAAUACAACAAAACAUCUAGUAGCUGGGGUGAAUCAGCGUCGAUACAGGCACCAAUAUAAUCACACGGACACGCCAAGAGAAUCAUUGAACAAAUCAGAUAAACGAAGCGCGAAAACCAUCAAUAUAACUUAUUGAUGAGUUGGUAUAUAAGGCUAAUGAUUGACCAAGCCUCUGUUUACUCAACAGCUCGGCAACCAUAUACUGUGAAACUUUCACUUGACAGCUGAGGCAUCCAUAGAGUGGAGAAAAACGAACAAGGAGUUCACUUUAAAUCUCUUUUUUUUUUACAGUGCUGAUUGGAGAAAUAACUGCAAACAACAGCUGGAAUAAUUUCACUCCUCUUAAAACUAGAAUGUCUGCUGCCUGUGCUUCUGCUGCAGGAAUUUAUGAACCAGGUAUUUUCGGGAGGCAAAUUUUCAAAGAGAUCUUUUUGAAAUAUUUAUAGCAAUUCUCUUGCAAGGAUGGUGUUUGAAACAAGGAACCUAUGGAUUACCCAGUCUGUGGGAGAGCUGGUGCCGAGACAAUUGACCUCUCCACCAGCUACGCCAUCUGUCUAAAAUUCCUCCCCAGAGAGGCACAGCUGCUGCAGGCUGGGGAUGUGAUGGGGUGACUGUUGACACCCCCCUCACCCACCCCCUAUCUCUCUAUUAGCAGUGUAACAUAAACAAUGGAUCUGAAUUUCUCAACGGUUCAAGAUGGAAAGCAGCUGCUACCAGAGAGACACUCGUCCAAGCGUGUGCUGACGGGAUGCUUCCUCUUCCUCCUCAUCCUAACCACGCUGCUAGGCAACACGCUCGUGUGCGCUGCCGUCACCAAGUUCCGACACCUGAGGUCGAAGGUCACCAACUUCUUUGUCAUCUCCCUGGCCAUCUCUGACCUCCUGGUAGCUAUCCUGGUUAUGCCAUGGAAGGCGGCAACUGAGAUUGUUGGGUUUUGGCCGUUUGGCGCGUUCUGCAACGUUUGGGUCGCGUUUGACAUCAUGUGCUCCACUGCCUCCAUCUUGAACCUGUGUGUGAUCAGUGUAGAUCGGUAUUGGGCCAUCUCAAGCCCGUUUCGCUAUGAACGCAAGAUGACCCCUAAAGUGGCAUGUCUGAUGAUCAGUGUGGCGUGGACACUGUCAGUCCUCAUCUCCUUCAUUCCUGUUCAGCUUAACUGGCACAAAGCUCAGACCACCAGCUACGCAGAGCUAAAUGGAACAUACCCUGACGAUCUGCCCCCUGACAAUUGCGACUCCAGCCUUAACAGGACCUACGCCAUCUCCUCCUCCCUUAUCAGCUUCUACAUCCCUGUGGCUAUUAUGAUAGUCACUUACACCCGGAUCUACCGCAUCGCUCAGAUACAGAUACGGAGAAUAUCUGCACUGGAGCGGGCAGCAGAGAGUGCCAAAAAUCGCCACAGCAGCAUGGGGAAUAGUUCGAGCAUAGAGACUGAAAGCUCGUUCAAAAUGUCGUUCAAACGAGAAACCAAAGUCUUAAAGACGCUCUCAGUCAUCAUGGGAGUGUUUGUUUGCUGCUGGCUGCCCUUCUUCAUCCUUAACUGCAUGGUGCCGUUUUGUGAGCCCGACGUGCCGGACAGUGCCACGGACUUCCUCUGCAUCAGCUCGACCACCUUUGAUGUGUUUGUGUGGUUUGGCUGGGCGAACUCCUCGCUAAACCCCAUCAUCUAUGCCUUCAACGCCGACUUCCGCAAGGCCUUCUCCAUCCUCUUGGGCUGCCACCGGCUCUGCCCGGGCAGCAACGCCAUUGAAAUCGUCAGUAUUAACAACAACAUGGGAGCCCCUAACACAAACCCCAACUGUCAGUAUCAGCCCAAGAGUCACAUCCCUAAGGAGGGCAACCAUUCAGCUAACUAUGUGAUCCCCCACAGCAUCCUGUGUCAGGACGAGGAGUUACAAAAGAAGGAUGGAUGUGGAGGGGAGAUCGAGGUGGGCAUGGUAAACAACGCUCUGGAGAAACUUUCCCCAGCCAUCUCUGGGAAUUUAGACAGCGAUACUGAGGUCACACUGGAGAAAAUCAAUCCCAUAACACAGAACGGACAGCAUAAAACCGCUUCAUGUUGAGCAAAGGCAAAGAUGUAUCAAAGUACACCGCGGCAUGUAUGUACGCACAAAGGGAAGAAAAGCUUACCCAGGAGGACAGCACAAUCUAUGUCUUUAAGAACAUGCAUGGCAGAGAAACAGUGAAUGGGAUAUACAGGACCUUAAGACUGUCAACAAAAACCUACAUUGAAAAACCUACAGAAUGUUUUAAAGUAAAGGCACUUUAUCCUGGAUAUAACUAUCUGCAAAAUACGCUCAGCAUUUAUUGAUGAAAUUGAGACAUUUGAUGAUAAAUGUUGAUAAUGUGAAUAUUAAAGCAGAACACUAGCUAAGUGCACAUGUAUACAUUGUUGUGUUACAUUUGCAAAGAUGUAUACAUCUGCAUGUGUAUUCUGUACAGUACUGACACAACCUUGGAAGGACUUAAACACAGUGUAUACAGUGGAGGAAGAUGUAGUAACUGUUAGCAAAAUGUCUUGUAGGUAGGUGCAUUGUAUUUGUUUCAUGAAAAAGAUAAAUUGGUAAAUUGGGAAUUGCUUUUGGUUCAGUAUGCUUAGUUGUUCAUGACAGUUAUUUGUCUUCAGUACGUUUAUAUUCUAUUGACAUUUUUAUUGCAAAUUCAAAACAACUGUAUUACCGUGGUAAUUUAUUUGAGUUAAAACUGCUUCAGACACCAAAGUAACAAUAUUACGUUUCAUUGUAAGGGGGCAGGUAAUGGAGUUCAAAACCUUAAGCCAAGUUGUCAUAUACUGUAUUUCUAAAUAUUUAAUUUGUACACCUCCCAACCUAUUGUUACCUUGCAGUUUCUAAAGAGUAGAAAGUAUCUUUCUUUGUCUACCUUCCUUCCUUGUACCCUAUUCUUAUAUUUUCUCAUUCAUGCCCACCUGGGACGGAUCAGACUGGCUCUCCUGAAGUUCCCUCCAGUUUAUUCUCACUCCAUGUUAUCAUUAGCUCUGUCUCCCCUCCCAGCUACUCUUCAGCAAACCCUCUCUAGGGCCCUACAGUCUUCUCUUCUUUACUUUGACUUGCUCCCCUUUUCCUCAGUCCCUUCCUCGCUUAAACCACCCUUAUUUCUAAAGCAUUGUCAACCUCCUUUUUCCUCUGUCAGCAUAGUCCUUUACACCUGCACUCUACUUUCCAUUUAUGUUUGUCCAUCUGAAUUUGACUUGACCUUCUUCUCUGGCAGCCCUCCAUUUUAUAUCUUUACUAUGCCCACUUAAAGCUGUAUUGGUUUUUCUAUCCAUCAAUCUCAUGGCUAAUUCUGUCAGAAGAAUGGAGAUCGAUAAACUCAAAAUCCCACACUUGGACAGAGGAGGCAGCAGCAGCAGCAGCAGCAGCAGCAGCAGCAGCAGCAGAGUUCACUCAUCUGUAAUGCAAGUGACACCUGGUGACCUUUUUCAAACUUGCAGAUAUCUGAUUUUGUAAAUUGCUCAUGCUGGGAGCCAUGCUGUGCAGUAGUGGCGAAGGAGAGCAUGCAGUGUGACAGUUGCUCUGUUUGCAUGGGUGAAGUCCAAGUCAAACCACCAUUACCUGCAAGAUAUGGAACAUAUUUGUAUUCCCAUUCCUCUUCCAGUCAUUCCAUUUGGCAUUGUAGCCUUUAUACCUAUGUAUACAAUUACAACUGGAGUUGUGAUAGAGUCAAAGUAAGGUCCUGUCCAAAAGGCAGUAAUAAGUUAGUCCAAAUGAUUAAAUGAUUUUAUACCAAAUAUGAAAUAUAUUAUUAACAGUGACCAACACCUUUUAAAAGGGUCAUGUUUUUGCUAAGCUACAAUCCUUUUCACUGAGUUAUUUAUAGUUAGUUUACAAAAAAUGAAUCUCCAAAUAGGUUGUUUCAGAUUAAAGGUAGUUAACACUUCUAUGUAACAUCGGCUUUACAUUGGCCAGUGAGGCUGCAGUUGACAAUAUGUGAUUAAACACAGGGUACGACUUUGCAAAUUACAUCAUACAACUAAAUGAAGCUGUUGUUUGCAAAUAUUUGCUAUUAUUAACCUCAAACAAGAUUAAGUUAAGUUUAAGCUUAUGAACUCAAGUUUUAAUUGGUAAAACAUAGUGCUAUUGUUGUUUCAAAACAUAGCAAUGCUAUAAAUGUUAUGCAUGUUUACCAAUUACAGUCAAACACAUGACAGAGAGCAUUACAUUAUACAAGUACAUGAAGAGCGUGGCAAACAUGGUGGAAAAGCAGUAUGAAAAACACAUGCUCAUAACCUUGUUUUAUGGGUAGAUUACCCACUCUCUCUCUGUCAGAGUUUAAAUAAAUGUUAAUGUAUCUGUGGCACACAUUAUAAGCCUUUACUUCUAGGUUUAAGUUGUAUUCAGUGUUGCUGGGGAAAGAGUGCUCAACAGCAUGCUUUCGGACAUUGUAUGCUGUGUGUGGCGAUGAAGGCGUGAAACAGUUUCACAUCAGAGAAAGGCAGAGCAGAUCCAAUAGAAAGCAAUUGGUCUUGAAUGAAGCAUUUGAUUUUCCUGCUCUGGAAAAUCCAAUGCUACUGUAUCUAGAUGGCAACAAAUGGGGGGAAAGCUUUUAGCUCAAUAUGUGACUUGGCUUGUUGCACAAAAGCAACUCAUUGUCCUCUCUGCCUCCCUGUCCUCUUCCACUGCUACAGCUGCUGUUCCAUCACUUUAAAACAUUUAUGAAGUUGAAUUUGGAUUAAAGAUGUUUUAUUAAGAAUAAGAAUGAAUAAGAAUUAAUUUAAAUUCCCAAGUGAUUUAAAUGUCUAUAACAAGUGCCACUAUAUACUUAAACGUUCCCCUUUACUCCCAUGCCUUUUAGAAACUCGCAACCAUAUCAGCUCAGUGACCUUUCCUUUUUCUCUUCCUCAAUUCCUCUUAAUUUACUCCCUAAUUAUUUCCAAACACAAGCCAGCUCAAACAAGCGUUAAAACAUGAACUGCACAUAAUCUGACUGGACAUUGGACAUAAAGGGGAAAUGCCUUGGAGAAGAUUUGGUUCCCACUCCACCUCCUCUACCCUCCUUUUCUUCCAUCUCUUUUUCUUUUCUCUUGGCUGCCUCUGUCGACUUGAUGAGCACUCCCUAUGUUAACACAGAUUGAAUUUAUUAUUAAACGGACAGGGCCGACUGUUUCCCUUCUGUAGUUUGAGUCAAAGCUCUGAAUCAAAGCCCCAACUAGCCAUGUUGUUAUUAUUAUAGUUAUUAUUAUAUUAUUGCUUUUGCCAAAAUUCAAAUGUUGGCUGAAUGUGGCUGUAAUGUAGCUUAUGCUGUGAUUUAACCAGUGUUUAAGCUGAAAUGUGGGUAUUCUUAAAGAGAUUAAUCUGCCAUUUGUUGUGACAUCAUUGGCAUUUACAGGUUUACCAGAUGUUUUUCGUAUAUGCUGUAUGUACACAUUUAUAGAAACAUACCUCCAGCUGUGAGGGCAAAUUAUCUCUGAUGUAUUUUGACUCCAUGUAAACCCCCUCCUGAGCCAUCACCUUGUCAACUUGGUGAGUCAUCUUUCCAGAUGCCACUGCUUUGAUUUUGUGGAAGAGGCUAUGUCGGGCAACAUUCCCACAAGCAAAAUGUUUUGUUUGAUCCCGAGCAUUCCUCCAGGCUGCCCUACAUGUUGCUUUCGGGAGUCAAGAUGACAGUACACGGUCUCUCAAUCAGUGUAGUUACAUGAUGUAUGACAACUUAAGCAAAUCUGACGGUGCAGAAUCCCUCCUCCUCUCCCUCCAAAGGCGGGACAAGGGACGCAUGAGAUGUAGGGCGAACAACACUCCCAAGCCAUGGGAGUGUGAUAAUGAUAUUUCAGCUUACUCAAACUGUCUAGGAUAAUGACGGAGUCCCUACCUCAACAUCAAUUCAGUGACAAAGCUUCAUGUACAAAAUUAAAUUGCAGUAUUUAGCGUUGGGGCGUGCAGGAUAGAGUAUUGUACAAUGAUGUUCAAAAUGUAGUCGUGAUGAACACAAGUGCUUUUUAUCUUCAAAAAUCCUUAACGUGUAGCAAACUUACAUGCUGUAUGUUUUCUUUUUCAGUGUGGGGUUAUAAUUUACAGUAAGAUGCAGCAGUCACUGACUGUUUAUAUAUUUAUUUAUUAACUAAAAUGUUUCUGGUGUUCAUUCAUGAACGUGAUGUCAAAGAUUAUAACUCUCAAAAAUAAUUACAGUAUUUAGUUUACAGUUUGUACAAAA